UCCAGUGGUUGGUAGACCUGUCGAAAUUGUAAACGUCAGGUGAAAAUUCAAUGGAGGUUAAUAAGAAUUUCUUUUUUUCGUAAUUUCCACUUCCGUGGAGCUAGUUUUCAACGUUCGAAUUUUUUAUUUGUUAUUCUUAUAGUGAACAGCAAUGGCUGGAUCCGCGUUAAGACGGUUAAUGGCGGAAUACAAACAGUUGACGUUAAACCCACCUGAAGGUAUUAUAGCGGGUCCAAUAAACGAGGAGAACUUUUUCGAAUGGGAAGCUCUAAUUACUGGUCCUGAGGGGACCUGUUUCGAGGGAGGCGUUUUUCCAGCUAAACUCAUUUUUCCCGCUGAUUAUCCUUUGAGUCCCCCAAAAAUGCAGUUUACGUGUGAAAUGUUUCAUCCAAACAUAUAUGCUGAUGGUAGAGUUUGCAUUUCUAUAUUACACGCUCCUGGGGAUGAUCCUAUGGGGUAUGAGUCAAGUGCUGAGAGGUGGUCACCUGUACAAAGCGUGGAAAAAAUUUUACUUUCGGUAGUUAGCAUGUUGGCAGAACCAAAUGAUGAGAGUGGAGCUAAUGUAGAUGCCGCAAAAAUGUGGAGAGAAAACAGAGAAGAGUUUAAUAAAAUAGCUGAAAGAAUAGUACGAAGAACACUAGGAAUUCCUACAUAAAUCAAAAUGUGGUAUUAUUUAUUAUAAGCGUUAAGGGGUGUUCAAUUUUAAUGACUUAGGUUCAAGUGCUGAUGUUUGUUAGAAAUAUGUUAUGGUUAUUUUUAGAGUUUUGGGGGCGCUUGAUCCUAAGAACAAAAAUGUAAAUUGUUAUCACUGAGAAAAUUUAUUUCAAUAUAUUAAUUCUGACAACAGCAAAA